AACAAAAUAUUAUGCAAUGGAAACACCACUCUAUACAAUUUAUAUUUCGUGGUAAUUGGUAAUCUGCUUUAAGUGCGCUGUAAAAUCUUCAACCUCGACCUCUUUCACGUAUAUCGUGUUCUGUGGCAUUAAGCGUGCUGGGAAGCAUUAGCUUUCAUUAAAUAGUAAAUAUGGUGGCCCAAAAGAAACAGAAAAAGUCCCAGGAGGGUAUCAACUCCAGAUUGGCACUGGUUAUGAAAUCAGGGAAAUAUGUCUUGGGUUACAAGCAAACCUUGAAGUCCCUUCGGCAAGGGAAAGCAAAAUUGGUCAUCAUAGCGAAUAAUGCUGCACCUCUAAGGAAAUCAGAGAUAGAGUACUAUGCUAUGUUGGCGAAGACAGGUGUGCAUCACUAUAUAGGAAAUAAUAUAGAAUUAGGUACUGCAUGUGGAAAAUACUUCCGUGUAUGUACUCUUUCUAUUACUGACCCUGGAAAUUCCGAUAUUAUAAAAUCUAUGCCUACUGGUGAACAACCAUAAAUAUAUUUUUAUUUAAUAAAAUUUUAAUAAAA